CCCAUUCGUUUUACCCCUUUUCUUAAUACUGCAUGAGCUCUCGCCUCCCCAAGCAAUUCCGCCUUCUGGAAUCUCUCCCUCUGUUCCAUUACCCUCACAUUUUUUCUUUCGAUUUGAAACUAUAAUGUAUGGACUAUACGAGGCUGUUAUCUGCUUUGAGAACUUGCGCUAGCUCCAAGUUACUGAAACAGGGCAAGCUUAUUCACCAGAGAAUAUUUUCUUCAGGCUUUCAAUCCCACAUCGCCCUCUGCAAAACCCUCAUCGAUUUUUACUCCUCUUGCCAUGAUUACAGAUCAGCGGAGCUUGUUUUUGAGACUACCUGUUGCUCAUUGGAUGUUUCUCUGUGGAAUGCUCUUCUCUCUGCUUACACCAAGAACUUCAUGUUCGUUGAAGCCCUGCAACUAUAUGACCAAUUGAAGUGUCAUUCUGAGGUAAGACCUGAUUGUUACACUUACCCAGUUGUUCUUAAGGCGUGUGGUGGAUUGGGUAGAGUUGUUUGUGGGAGAAGGGUCCAUAGUCAUCUGAUUAAAACGGGUUUGAUUUGGGAUGUUUUUGUGUCGAGCUCUCUGAUGAAUAUGUACGUGAAGUGUGGUCGGUUUCAUUAUGCCAUUAAUCUGUUCGAUGAAAUGCCUCAUAGAGACGUGGGGUGUUGGAACACAGUUAUCUCUUGUUAUUUUCAAGAUGAUAAGGCUGAGACUGCCCUCAAAAUGUUCGAUGAAAUGAAAGAUUCAGGUUUCGAGCCUAAUUCGGUGACUUUUACUAUUGUUAUAUCUUCAUGUACAAGGCUUUUGAAUUUGGAAAAAGGUAAAGAGAUUCAUAGGGAGUUGAUAGAUAGGAGGGUUUUGCUGGAUGCUUUUGUGCUUUCUGCGCUUGUGGAUUUGUAUGGAAAAUGUGGUUGUUUAGAGAUGGCCAAAGAAGUUUUUGAGCAAAUCCCGAGAAAGAAUGCGAUUACUUGGAAUUCCAUGAUCACUGGUUAUAGCUUGACAGGUGAUAGCAGAUCCUGCAUUGAACUUCUCAAGAGGAUGACUGACGCAGGAACCAAACCGACUUUGACAACUUUGACCAGCAUAAUAUCGGCUAGCUCGAGAUCCGCUCAACCUCGGCACGGGAAAUUUAUACAUGGGUUUAUUUUGAGAAAUGGGAUGAAUUCUGAUAUCUUUAUUGACGUUUCUCUAAUUGAUCUGUAUUUCAAAUGUGGAUAUGUUUAUUCAGCUGAAACUAUCUUCAGAAAUAUAUCCAAGAAUGAAGUAGUUUCUUGGAAUGUUAUGAUUUCUGGAUAUGUCUUGGUGGGUAAUCACAUUCAGGCUCUUCGUGUGUAUGAUAACAUGAAAGAACACGACGUAAAACCGGAUGCUGUUACGUUUUCCAGCACCUUAUCAGCUUGUUCGCAGCUAGCAGCUUUGGAAAAGGGCAGGGAGCUUCACAACUGCAUUAUCAGUCAUAAGUUGGAAACCAAUGAAAUUGUUAUGGGGGCUCUUCUUGAUAUGUUUGCUAAAUGUGGUGAUGUUGAUGAAGCCCGGAAACUCUUUCUUCAAUUACCUGAGAGGGAUCUUGUAUCGUGGACAACAAUGAUCACUGCGUAUGGAUCUCAUGGCCAAGCUUCAGAAGCUUUGAGGCUUUUUGAUGAAAUGCAGAAGUCAAACGUAGGAGCAGAUUCAGUUACAUUUCUGGCAGUUCUAUCUGCUUGUAGUCAUGCUGGAUUGGUUGAUGAAGGAUAUAAAUAUUUCAACAAAAUGAUCAUUCAGUACGACAUUAAGCCUGGCAUUGAACACUAUUCAUGCUUGAUAGAUCUUCUUGGACGUGCUGGAAGAUUACAUGAAGCUUAUGAAAUUCUUCAAAGAUCAGAAGACACUAGGAAUCAUAUUGGAUUGUUAAGCACAUUGUUUUCUGCAUGUCGAUUGCGUAAUGAUUUCGUUCUAGGCAUAGAAAUAGGUAAAAUGAUUAUGGAGGUAGACCCUGAUGAUCCAUCUACUUACAUUUUGCUGUCGAAUAUGUGUGCUUCUGUCAAUAAAUGGGAGGAGGUACGAAAAGUACGACAAAAAAUGAAAGAACUAGGAUUGAGGAAAAGCCCUGGUUGCAGCUGGAUUGAGAUAAACCAGAGGAUCCAACCAUUCUUUGUUGAAGACAAGUCAAACCCUCUGGUUGAUGGGGUUUAUGAAUGUCUAAGCAUUCUAGCUUCUCAUAUGGAGAAGAAUGAAUUGGAGCUGCAGUAGAUUAUCAAAAAUGGGGCAUGGAUGAUGUCUACUUCCACAGAAAUCAAAAUCCAGUGGAUGGAAAUUGAAUGUAUGAAGAAUACAAGGAUUCGACAUCUUCUCCUGACAGUUCUGUCCAGAAGGAUUCUGAAUCCUUCUUACAAGAAAGAAAAGAGGAUUCACCAUCACUCACAGACAGAAGAUUGUUUGGGCUACAAGUAUACGUGAACACCUCGGAGCUCCUCAUAUUACCCUCAUUAUUCUUCCAUUUGCUGUAAUGAAUGGAUUUGAUCACCUUAGGCAUUACUAGGCUAUUGACACUUUUAAAAAGAUGGCAUCUAUGGUGAAACCAGAGCAUAUCCUUGAGUUAUUGUUAUUUGUUAGUGAGCUCAGAAGCCGUUAUGGCUUAAUUUGAAUCUGCUUUAUUAAUGGUCGCGAUUGAGAGGUUCAUAUUGUGUACCUGGGUCCAUUAAAAACAUGGCGACGGCUCAAUUUCACACCCUUCGAAUCUGCUUCAAUCAGUUGUUGGAAACUCUGGUGAAACAGAACGUUUAUAUGUCAGGAGCUAUAAAAGGAACUACAAUUGCUUCGCUACUGAAAGUGAUGGUGUAAGCGAGAAGCUUGCCACCAUGGAAGCAGUGGUCUCUGUUUUCGCAAGCAAGGAACUCAAAACCCAAACCACAAGAUCAUGGGUCUGGGACUUCCAUGUUGCUGGCGUGGCUGCUUAUGUGAUGAGCUUCCAUCAAAACUGAUCACCAUCGGUGAUCAAAUAAGCCGAGCAAACGAAUCAUGAGCCAUUCGAGAGUUCUGUAUGGGUCUGGCCAAAUUAAUCCAAACUUGGCCUGUCUAUGGAACUCUUAAGAAGAUUACGGUAAUGUUUAUGUUCAACAAAAUGUGAGGGUGACAAUAUAUCUGUGGUCUCUCCAGAUGCAACCGAGAUUAAGUUUAAGAGAGUAGUUACCAAGUUUGAGAUUACAAACUCCACCCAACGACUUUUUACA